UUUAAGUGACCCCGUGAGACUUGGAAUGAGGGGAGCAAUGGGCAGUGGCAUUGCUAAGUCCCUGAGCCUGUCUUCAAGGCCUGCUGUUCUCUGAUUUCUCAGUGAGCCAGAGCAGCCCACCCUACACUCUUCUGUUGCUUCUAUGCCCUUCCUUAUUUCACUGUCCGAAGUAUAUUUUUGCUGCCAUCAGGGACCCAAUGCCCUUUGGCUCAGUGCUGUGUACCCCUUCCCUUUGGAUGUCCCAGCACCCAGCCCCUCUCCUUAAAUAAAUUCAAAUCUUCUGUAUCCACGUCUGAGAUGGCUAUUUGGUCUGCCCAUGCAUCACUGACUUUAACCCUUCGAUACUCUGAUUAUCUUACUGGCCUGUGAACUUGUAAAAUCCCCCAAUUUUCUCUGCAAUAACUUUACUUAUGAAGACUUCUAAGCAGGCAUGAUGGCCAGUCCUGAAAUCACCAGCUGGGUGCUUGACUGAGUCAUUCUAGAUUGGUUUGGGGUAAGAGUGAUCAUCAUGAUAGCAAGUUGUGUGGAUAAUGGAGUUCACUUACAUUACAAGAGAAUCUAGCAUAAAUCCUCCCUGUGUACUUCUACCUUGGUGUUAACGAUACUCUUUUUUGGUCAUGGACACGUGUGUGUUAUUUUUGAAGUCGUUUUUCCUUCUGGACUCAGAUGGCAAGAUCCCAGAUUCCAAGGAAAAAGAGCAAACACAUAAAGAUGCAGCCAAAAGGCUGCUCUCAGGAGGGCCUCUCAGCCCCUCAGAGACCCUGUGUUAGGAUGCAUGGUGGACAAGGCGAAGAGAACUUCUCCACUGGAAAGUGUGCAACAAUGGAAUGGAACACUUAGUAUCUAAAAGAUAAGCCUGUGUUCUGAUAAAGAGAAUCAGCUUUGAAGCCACUCCAGGGUCAGGCUGCCUGGCUGAGAUUCCCACGUCACUGUCCUCGAGAUGUUUGGCAAGACUACAAACAUCUCUGUCUUCCUCUCUUAAACAAUAAUACCAACUCUUUUGGGCUAACAUCGUGAAAAUUAAAUGGCAGAAAGGACUUCUGUUUCCUAAUCCAGGAUGUGAGGAGCUUAAAGAGGUCUCCACUCCAUCCUAACAAGUCAAAAGCUGGACAAACUGAAAAAUUAACAACUCUGCUCAGUCCCUCAGAAAAGUGAGUCACAGAGCAAACCGCUGCCCCCCAUUGGAGAGACAGGCAGACCCGGAGAAUCACAACUUACCUGAGCAGAAAUCUGUGAACAAACCUCCAUGAAAGUCAUACCAAGGUGUGCCAUGGCUGGGUGGAGCUGCCUCGUGACGGGCGCAGGAGGCUUCCUGGGGCAGAGGAUCAUCCGCUUGUUGGUGGAGGAGAAAGAGCUGCAGGAGAUCCGGGCGCUGGACAAAGUCUUCAGACCGGAAUUGCGGGAGGAAUUUUCUAAGCUCCAGAGCCAGGGCAAGCUGACCUUGCUGGAAGGAGACAUUCUGGAUGAACAGUUCAUGAAGAGAGCCUGCCAGGGCACCUCGGCUGUCAUUCACGCCGCCUCUGUCAUUGACGUCUUCAAUGUCAUUCCGAGAGAGACCAUCAUGAAUGUCAACCUGAAAGGUACCCAGAUCCUGCUGGAGGCCUGUGCCCAGGCCAGUGUGCCCAUCUUCAUUUACACCAGCACCAUAGAGGUGGCCGGGCCCAACUCCUACCGGGAGGUCAUCCAGAACGCCUCUGAAGACCAGCCUCUGGAAACCACGUGGUCAGCUGCAUACCCGUACAGCAAGAAGCUUGCCGAGAAGGCUGUGCUGGCCGCGAAUGGGUGGGCUCUUAAAAAUGGUGGCACCUUGUACACGUGUGCCUUAAGGCCCAUGUUUAUCUAUGGGGAAGGAAGCCCCUUCCUUUAUGGCUUUAUUGAUCACGCCCUGAAGAACAAUGGCAUCCUGCCACACAACAGCAAGCUCUCCAUCGUCAACCCAGUGUAUGUUGGCAACGUGGCCUGGGCCCACAUUCUGGCUCUGAGGGCCCUGCGGGACCCGGAGAAAGCCGCAAACAUCCAAGGACAGUUCUACUACAUCGCAGAUGACACGCCGCACCAGAGCUACGACCACCUCAACUACACUUUGAGCAAAGAGUGGGGCUUCUGUCUGGAUUCCCGGAUGAGCCUGCCUGUAUUGCCCAAGUACUGGCUGGGCUUCCUGCUGGAAAUAGUGAGCUUCCUGCUCAGUCCCAUUUACAGGUAUCAACCCCCCUUCAACCGCCACACGGUGACCUUGUUAAAUAGCGUCUUCACCUUCUCCUACAAGAAAGCUCAGCAAGAUCUGGGGUACCAGCCCCUCUUCAGCUGGGAGAAAGCCAAGCAGAAAACCAUGGAGUGGAUUGGCUCCCUGGUGGAGCGGCACAAGGAAGCCGCCAGAACCAAGACUCGCUGAGGUGUCACCAUCUCCUGUAAGAAAAACUGCAUGGAACUGGGUAUGUGCCCCAAUCAAACCCCCAACUUUUUGGUGUACUAGAGGACACCCCAACCCGCUGAGCCACCCGGCCAGGGCAAAGCAGUUAACAUUUUUAAUUCAUCAUGGUCUUACCUCCCUAAGGGGUCUUUUAGUAAAUCAGCAACUUACAGUCUACUGGCAAGAUCCGACCACAGAAACACUUUUCCAUCAGUCCAGGCCCACUCCCAGCCCCUCAAUCAAUUAGCUGUCAAGUGUCUAGCCUUCCCUGGAGGUGGCAGAAUUGAGCCUCUGAGCGAAGCUUGGAUAUACAGAUUGCCAGCAGGUUACUUUUCCCUUAUCUUGCUGGGAAAUUUAAGACAGGGGUCCUUUAUAAUGAAAGUCUUAACUAUUGCCGGCUUACAGCCUCAAUAAAAGACACUGACAAGUGUAAAGCUAUCACACGCAAAUACCAAAAAAAUGAAACAGACACAACAUGAUUGACAAUUUAGUGUUGACAGGUAUUACUUGAGUUGGUCACUGGGACAGGGGACAAAGAACCAUGCUUUCACUUCACGCAUUUGGCACUAACGACAGAAUAGACGGACUUUUACAAUGUUUACAAGAAGGGAAGGGGAUAGCUCCUAGACUUAAGGUUCAGUGGCAAAGAUGAGAAAAAUAAUCGAAGAAAACAGGUCAAAUAAUCAAAGCCUAAUAGGUCACAACACAAGCCUUACUACCCAAGGCCAAGCCCCUGUGGAAACCUGCUCACACCCAUUGUGCUUGCCGCCUCAUCUUAACCCAUUCAGAAAUAAUAAAGUUGACGUUUUAGUUUUUCUCUCU